UGAAGCCUUGCAGCCUUCACUCGGAGGGGCAGCGAGGGCUGGGAAGGAAGGAGGGAAGGAAGGAAGGGAGGAAAGGAGGAAGGGAGGAAGGUGCCCAUCCUGGACACGCCAUGGCCGCCCGCACCGUGCCCCACGCCUACCCCAUGAGCUCCGAGUACGAGUUCGCCAACCCCAGCAAGAUCUACGACCAGAACUUUGGAGAAGGUGUGUCCCCGUCUGAGCUCUUGGCCCCCGCCCUGUACCACGGCUACUACAUCCGUCCGCGGAUCAACAAGCAGCUGGAGAGGGGCACCUCGGAGGUCUGCCUGAACGAGCACAAGUUCCAGGUGUUCCUGGACGUCUGCCACUUCCUGCCCGACGAGCUCAGCGUCCGCACCGUGGACAACCUGCUGGAGGUGGCGGGGCAGCACCCGCAGAAGGCCGACCGCCACGGCUUCAUCUCCAGGGAGUUCACCAGGACCUACAUCCUGCCCCUGGACGUGGACCCCUUGCUGGUCAGGGCCACCCUGUCCCACGACGGCAUCCUGAGCAUUGUGGCUCCCCGGAGAGGCGAGGAGGUGAAGGCCAGAGUCAACGAGGUGAAGAUAACCCGGCAGGAGCAGCCGGUGGGGAAAGAAGAACGGGCUGAGGGAGGAAAAGAGAAGGAAAAAUCCUAAAGGCCGCCCAUCUGGGAAGGUGGGGGGACGGGGAAUCCGCAAUGCCAGACCCCCGUUUCUCACCAUCGGUGUUUAGCAGGGCCCUGAGGCAGCCACGCUUCUGCUUCUCAAGGCUUUGAUGGCUGGGGAAAAAAAAAACACGGACUUGGGACUGGAAAAAAACAGUGGGACUGAAGUGUGAGUGUGAGUGAGUGCAAUGCAAGUUUUCUCCUAGGUCAGGUCACCGCGCAGGGAGCUCUGCUCUCGCCCCAGGGUCACUGCCAGCCUUACCUGCGAGGCUGUGUCUCAAUGGACUGUGCUCUAGCCCAGCGGGGCACUGGGAAGAGAGGAAAGGGGAUCCCAGAGCUGUUUUGUGGCUGUGGAAGGCGGGUGUUGGUCUGUACGAGUGCCUGCAGCAAUCAGGAGGAGAGAGGAAUAAAUCUGCCUCUGCUCUUCUCUUGUUUGCCGUGGGUUGGUGUUGCUCCAGUGCAGCAGGAAGGAUGGACAGUGCCCGGCCGGGACUGAGCUCACCUCUGGAAGUGGCACCAUGGGGACACGGAGGGACUGUGGCCACCUCGGUGCCUCACCCCCCUGGCCCAGCUGCUGUUUUAGGGAGGAGUGAUGAGCCCUUGGAAGGUCCCUGAGCAUCUCCAGACCCGCAGCUGGAAUGAGCCCGAGUUCCUGGGGUGUUUAAUGCCCAGCCACAGCCUGUGCCCGCUCAGCCCUUCAUUACAGGACGUCCUCCACACACAGACCCUUGUGAGGGGUCUGAACCCCAAAGUACCGAAGGGAAAGGCUCUGCUCAGCCCCCAGCUGCCUUGUGGCGCCACAGCCCUGUCUGUGGAGGCAGGGAGGGGCUGGAUCUGGCCCCUUUUGCAGACGCUGUGGUGCUGCGUGAGCGAUGUCCCCGCGGUCUCGUGAUGGGGACUGGGAUCGUGUGUGCUGCUGGCAGCUGCUGCCCCGGCGGCCCCAGGGCUCAGCAGGUGACAGUUGCCAGCCUUGUGUCGUCAGGGCCAAGCCAGGCACACAAAACGCUGUGUCAGUGGCUAAAUUUGGGGGUGCCUGGCGUGCCCGGGUGCGGCUGUCCCGACAGAGGGGAGAGGAGGCUCCAAAAUCCUCGGGGAUGUAACGUCCCUCUCUCCCUGCGGCUCUGCCUCCACGCCACUGUGGGGCCAGGAGUGCCUGGGGACAGGAAUGUCCCUCUCAGGAGUCUGCCCAGCACAUCCCCUGGCAGCUGGAGCACACAUGAUUUGAGGUGUCAGGCUCAUUGUUGUCUCCUGCCAGGCUAAGCGGGAUCCAGAGCAGAGCAGAGCACUGCCAGGCUAUUUCCAGCCCUUUUGUGCCCCCAGGGCCCCGAGGAUGGGUCAGAUGAGGAGCAGUCCUGCCUGCCAGGCUCAGGAGGUGCAGGGAGGGUGGCUGAGCCCGGUGCAGAGCAGCGUCCAACCUCCUGCCCUGACCCCUGAAGCAGAACACCAGAUAAACCGUCACAAUAAAGGAAA